AUGGCUUCCAACAACAUCGCAAUAAUCGGCGCUGGCCUCUCAGGCCUAGCAUUGGCUCUAUCACUACAAAAACAAGGAAUUCCCUGCAUCAUCUACGAGUCCCGCUCCGCCUCCCUAGACAUAGGAGGCACAAUUAUGCUCUCACCAAACGCCCUCCGGAUCCUUGACGCAAUAGGCAUCUACAAAACCAUCAAACCACUCGGCUACUCAUUCAAAACCCUCCACUUCUACACCGGAAAACCAUUGGAUACCUACGACUUCGGCGAUAGCGACAAAUACGACUACGACGCCCUUCGUAUCUACCGGUACGAACUAAUUGAUGCCCUCGUUAAAGCCGUGCAAGAACGGGGUAUAAACAUCGAAUACGGGAAGAGGUUUACGCAUAUCCUCUCUGAGACUGAUGCGGAAGUUACAUGGGCAUUCGAGGAUGGAACGACCGGCACUGCUUCAUGUCUAGUCGGUGCUGAUGGGAUCCAUUCCCGUGUCCGCAAAUAUCUCUAUCCAGAACUCGAGCCGAAAUUCACUAAUUCCAUCGGUGUUACGGCUGCGGUUCCUACAUCUCAACUUAAAUUGGACGGAUACGAGUUGCCAUUGACGAUAAUGAAUCCCAAGCAUGGAGCCUUUAUCAUUGCGCCGCAACUUCAUGAUGGGUCGGAAGUCUUGAUUGGGAAACAGAAACGCGCUACAGAACUGGAUCGUCAGGGCUGGAACGAACUGCUCGGCAAUAAACAGUGGUGUGUUAAUUUCCUCCGUGAAGGCGUGGAAGAUUUUCCCGUGAUCGUACAAUCGGCUGUGGAGAAGAUACCACUUGACAAGAUCAAUCUUUGGCCGUUUUAUGUUGUGCCUAAGCUUGAUACAUGGGCUUCGGAUAAGUGCCGGGUUGUUAUUUUGGGUGAUGCUGCUCAUGCCAUUCCGCCUACGGCUGGUCAGGGUAUCAAUCAGGCGUUUGAGGAUGUGUUUACUUAUGCGCUUGUACUGGCCAGGUGUAGUGGUGGAGAUCUCAAAGGCGGGUUGAAGAGGUGGCAGGUUGGUCGGCAGGCGAGGGUCGAUCGGGUUUUGGAGCUUAAUAGGCAAAUUGAUGCGAGGAGGCUGCCGAAGGAUGCCGGUUCGGGGGUUGAGGAUUUGGAUAGUCAGCCAUUUGAAUUGAAGUGGCUUUAUAGUCCAUCGUUUGAGAACAUGGUUGAGGGUUGGUUGGAAAAUAUCUAA